AUGCUCUCCCCCCUUCUGUUAGUUACUUUCAUUUUGACCCCCUUUGUAAUAACCACCCCCCGUGGGGGAACCCAUCCCAGGGGCAGAUGUACCCCCACCUUCAUAAGAACCCACCCCGUCCAUAUAGCAAAAAAUCAAAUUCAACUGUACAGAAAAAAGGGGACCUAUGUAAUCCGUGAAAGAGGGGGGCACCACCAGGAGGAGAGUCGAAAAGGGGUAAAUCGAGACAAACGCGGAAAUGGAAGCUCCAGUGACCACAGGGGGGAUACUCAACCCAAGGGGGAGUCUACGCCUAUUCACAAGCACCAAGUGAAGAAGCACCACGUGAAGAAGCACUACGUGAAGCACACCAGUUCAAACAGGAGGGGGAAAAAAAAAUAUACAAAGGAGGAAGUGAAAGCGGAGAAGGAGAGACAGCUGAGAGGUAAGUUAAGGAGGAAAAAAAUUGACCAGGGAAUUCUAAAAAAGGGGAAGAAGCGGGGCAGAAGGGUUGACAGCGGGGAUGGUGGUGAGGAGGUGGAGGGGCGGACAGACCUGGCCAGUGGCCCGAGGGGGGAUUCUCCAAAUGAGGGGAAGGCAAAUGGGGGGAAGGCAAACGAGGGGCCCCUCAGUAGGAGGCGAAACCGCGGAAGACGAACCCCGUCGCGCAAGGAGCAAAAAAUCCUGGACAUGUUCCAAAACGACCUGAACGAGUCCAUCGAAAGGCUGAAUAAGAAAACGAGGAAAUAUGAACUGUGCAGGCAAAAUGAAAAUUUGAAAAGCGGAAUGCAGGGCAAUGAGAUACUGCGCAAGGUGUUGGCGGCGGGCGGGUCCGCAGAAGGUAGAAGUGGAAGCAGCAGUAGAAGUAAAAGAAGUGAGCGGAGAGAACGGAAAGGUAGUCCCCCCAGGGCAGAGGCUGUUCAGAAGAACCCCCGCAUCGUCAGAUAUGUGGACGACAUCAGCGAUGACACUGCUGGGGGACAAACUAAACAUUCGGAUGAGAGGACCCAAAAGGAGAGCAACGCGGAAGAGGAGGUAGAACUGUAUUCAUCACCGCAUCGAGAAGGAAGAACCCACAAAGGGAACACACACAGAAGGGAAAAAAAGAAAACUUUGGAGCAAACCAACAUGACGAAGUUGAGCCGACAAAAGGGAAGAAGCCAACCCCAGGAAGAUUACACCGAUGAGCAGGGGAGGACAAACCAGAGGAACCACAACGAUCAAGUCGAAGGAGAAAACGUAAAGCAAGUGAAAGCUCUCAUCAAAAUUGGAAAGAGUAUAGACCCCUUUAGGAAAAGAAUUCACAUCGAUUACGACAGGUGUGCGCUGAGCGAUGUGGUGCGUAGGCGACUGGCCAAGUUUAGCAGCAUCAUCGAUUUGAAUGCCACCGGGGGGGAGAAGCGCGUGGCAGCGGCGGACGAGAUGAAGGCCACGACGGCAGAUGCGACGAAUGCCACAACGGAGAAGUGCCACACCUUUGCAGACAUAGGCAUCUGCGACCACUUCCUCAACGCCUACUUAAAAUACAACGGCAUUGACAAACCGACGGAGUACCAGGCCAAGUUCAUCCCGCUGCUCAUCUUUUUCCUGAAUAAUGGCUAUAGCGACUGGGGGAAUUGCUCUGGGGGGGGGAGCGGCCAGAUGGGGGAGGCAUCCAAUUUUGGGGGGGCCUCUCCGGAGGGAACCCCCUCAACGCAGUCAAAGCAGUCAACCCCGUCAACGCCGCUAAUCACGCAAACCAUGCAAACAGCGCCAACCGGUUCGCCGCCCACUCGGGGAGCCCCCCACCUGCGCGCCUACCCCCCCGUGGAACGCAUACUGUACGUGAACAAGUACAACGAGCGAAGUGGCAAACUCAUUCGGACCUUCUUCCUGCACUGCCCCACGGGGACGGGGAAGACCUUCAUGUACGUCCUUUCGCUCUUCCAGCAUCUUACCAAUGUGUGUUUUGCGGCACCCCCGCGUGGGGAAGAGACCAAACAGGGGGAUCUCGUAGGGGUGGAUGUGGAUUCAGAAGCGACUUCCUGCGCGGCGAUAACUUCGUAUGAGACAACCCCGCGUGGGAGCGCCCCCCAAGAGGGGAACACAUUUUACGUAAGGAAAGAAAUUAACGGGGACGUGACUUCCUUCCUGUGCUCCAACGUGAAGCAGGAGCAGCAGCAUUUCGUCUCCCAAAAUAGGCGCAACGUAGCGGCAAUGGUGAACGCCUUAACGAAGAGGAACCCCCCCGGGGAGGUGAAACCACCCAGCUGUGAUGACCACAUGGGGAGAAGAAAAAGAGGAAACCUCUCCGAAAGGCACCCCAAAAAUGACAUCCUAAUUGUUACGUACAACAAGGAGCUAGCCGUGCAGAUCUACCACCUAUGCAGAGAUUUAAUCGAUUCGUUUUUCAAGUCAUCCAAGUCGAAAUUUUUCGAGCUUAACGACUCCCUUGUGUGGUCCCACUUGCAGGCGGUAGACCCACAGAGGAAGACCCUACUGGAGCGCUUAAAUGUGGAUUUUAAAAAAAAAAAAAAUUUUAAUGUGCAUCUGCUGAUCGGGGGGAACAACAUCAAAUACCAGUUGAAGGGGUUGAAGCGGCCUAAGAUGCACUUGGAAGAGGAGUCUCCUCAGGAGGGCGGCAGCAGUGGUGGGAGGCGAAUGCCAUCGGAGGAAUCCCCCCCGGAGGAAGACUUCCCCCCAAUGAAGGAGGACCCCAUCGAGCACGUGAACAUCUACGUAGGCACACCGGGCAGGCUAGAACGGCUAAUUAACGAAAGGCAAAUCAUUACCCUUGACAGCAUCUCCACCAUCGUAUUUGAUGAGUACGAUUUCGUUUUUCAUUCCUAUGGGAAGGGGAGUGAAGAGACAAAGGCAGACAAGCCCCAAGUGGAAAAUGAAUUCUUUUCCAAAAUGUUAAGAAGCAUCUAUGGUACUAUGAAGAAGGGUCAACCUGGGAGGGGCCCUCUCCCCCCGUGGACUUCCCUCACCAACGUCAUUUGCUGCAGCGCCACGCCCGCGGUGUAUUCCUAUUUAACGUUUACGCGGCAUAUCAUAACGACCAACUUUUUGAGGCACCUCCACGGGGGGGGGGAAGCGAUAGGAAAGCAAUCGGUCGAAGGGGAAGCGGUGGGAAAGGAAGCGGUAGAAAAGGACGCGGUGGGUAAGGACGCUGUAGAAAAGGACGCGGUGGGAAAGGACUUAUCUGCGGAGGGAGAGCCCCCCGGGGAAGGGUACCCACGUGGAAAGAGCCCCGAAACGGGGAACCGCCCCCCCAUCGACCGCCAACUGGAGCAAAGGAUGCUAAACGAGCUGUUCGACCUGAAGGAGUUCGGCAAAAUUCCCCACAACUUGAUUCACCUAAAUUACACGUACGACAGGAGCAACCGCGAAUGGAGCAACAGCGCCACGAUGAACUUCCUCAACAUACUGUUUUCGACCCCCCUGCGGAAAAACGUCCUGGUGUUUUGCAACACGAAGAAACGAGUGAUGGACCUGUGGAGCCUCUUCCGGAACCGAUUCGACGUGGACAUCCAGACCAUCUUUGCAGAGAAAAACAAAAAAAGGAAGAAGAUAUUCAAAGAUAUUAACUACGCCAAUUUUUUUAAAAAUGAUUUGGUCGAUUAUAAAAAUUUGAAGAAGUACGUGAACUUUAUGUUCCUCUCGACGAAUUUGCUCUACCGGGGGAUCAACUGCAUGGGCUUCACCACCAUCGUCAACUUUGACAUGCCUUCAGGCCCCAUCGAGUACCUGCACAGGUGCGGACGAAUCGGCAGGAUCAACAACAAGGGAAUCAUCAUUAACAUUUUCGAAAAGAGCUUCCGGCGCACCUACAGGCGGAGGAUCUUUUCCAAGCUGGGCAUCCACCCCUACGACGUCGACUGCUACAUGAACAAUUUGUUCACGCUGGGGGGGGAGGAAGUUCAGCGCCACGUCGGCAAAGAAGGAGUUGGCAAAGAAGAAGUUGGCCAAGUUGGCGGAGUUGUCAAAGUUGACGGAAUUGUCGAUGUUGACGGAGUUGUCGAUGUUGACGGAGUUGUCGAUGUUGACGGAGUUGUCGAUGUUGACGGAGUUGUCGAUGUUGACUCCAAAGCGGGCUCCGUGACUCACUCCACGGCGCGCACCAACGCGAGCGGCCACUCGGGGGACCCGCCUCCCCACAGCGAACGCAGCCCCUGA